CAUGACGAGCAGUUUCCCAAUUCUUCGAUAACAAUGCAACCAUUGCGACUAUUGUUCUACGUAAUGUCGACCCACCAUGUUUCCAGAUAGGAAUUAGCAAACAAUUUUGUGAACUACUAAUUGAUGCCAGGUUCCCAUAACCGCCAAUGUCCAAACAGCGUAGGAAAUUGUCUUGCAGGUGCGUGACGUCAUUUAUUCUGUUUGACACAAUAUUGAACAACCAAGUAGACACUAAGAUUUAUCGAUCAAUGUACCAUGUUUCAAGUGAGAACGGGUUGCUCUUUAUCUAGUGGAGUGUUCAUUCAUUGCGCAGCUGGAAUGCGGUGUCUACUCGAUCGAUUACCAAGCGUCUGUUGGCCCACAAAAACCUCCCGUUCCAGUCAUUCAUUCUCUUUACAACCCUGACGAGUGGUUUCCCAAUUCUUCGAUUACCUUCAAAACCUCUACGUUUUCUACUUCAAACAAUGAAAUUGCUGGAUGUAGUGAGCAUCUCUUUUACCUCAAAAGUUGCAAAACGACACGUUGAGGCGUUGAAUAUGAAAGUUUCCCAUAUUCAAAUGAUGUUGUCACGGCAAACGAUGAGAAUAAUGGUUAAAUUGGAUGGUACUUUAAAAUUAACUUUCCAAACUCCCGACGAGAAUGAUUCUGAGCCGCGGAAAUUAAACAAAAAACUGAGUUAUAUGAAAGUGAAAAAAGGCCCAAUUGCUGAGAAAACAAAAGUAUUUUAUUGGAAACCGCCGGGUUUUACGUUUCGAACAGUACAUGUUUGCUCUAUUUUCAUGGAAGAUCUUAAGUUUCAUAGAGACAUAUUGAUGAAGUAUUCGCGCCAAUUUAAUAAGCUUACUCUAGACUAUCAUUCAUUGAAAUCUCAAGAGUUUCACUCAAUUCUCAGUCUUAACUACGAUAGAUUUUGCCUGGAAAAAGCUACCAAACUAGAAGAUUUAUUGGUUUCAAAUAUUUCCGAAAUGCACAUUGAUUAUCCAUCACCCUUAAAACAGGUAUGUCUAUUCCUGAAGCAUUGGAUUAAUGGAUCAAACAAACGAUUGGAAUAUCUUGAAAUAAAACUUCCCGCCAGAUCAACUGAAACCCAAUUUAUUUCGAUUGCCUUGAAUGGUAUUAAAUAUCAAUUGGCACCAAUUGACAAAAAGUGGGAGUUUCUCAAUAAUAGGUUUAUAAAAACCACUGUCGUUAAAGCUGGAGGAUAUGAUAUCAGACAAAACGAUGGAACCAUUGCAACUGUCACUUUUUAUGAAGCCUUUCCAUAUUUGCGUAUGUUCGUGUGGAAAUGAUAAAUUACUCAAAAAAUAAGUGUGUACUUCUUUAAUGAUUGUUUUGAAUAAAGUACUGUUUUUAAACUCGAG